AUGUCAGUUGCCCUCCGAGGCAUUGUCGACCUCCAUCGGAGAGCGAAUCGUGUUUCAGAGGUGCAUCAGAGAGCUCUAGGAUUUUUGAUCUUUAGUGACGACAGCAAUGCCGUUGUCAGUGUCCAUUAUCCCGAAAUCGACGCUCAAGACACCGCAUCAUAUUGGCGGGACAAUUUUGUCUUGAUCAAGUUCAAAAGAAAAGCUGAUAGAAGGGCUUGUGGGCAGCUUGCGUUGCAAGUCUGCCAGAUAUUUGCCCCGAUCCUUCUUAAGCAGCUGACUUCUGUCAUUGAUGAGCUACCUGAUCUCGCCGAAGUCGAUAACGAUGGAGGAGGAAAUAGUCCGGUGUCUGGUGAAGAGGCUGCUCCCCUGGAGGCGGCUGGUCAGAGCAUUCUGGUAUCGGGUUAA